CUUUACGACAGUUGAUCUAGGGACUCGCCAUCAGUGAAUGCACAACAUUUCGCUGUUCUGGUCUAGAAGGCCAAAUAGCGACAAGGCAUCAUGUUGCGAUUGCCAGCCGUCAGUCGUGCCGUAGCGGGGGUGGCACACUCAAAAACAUGUUUGGUUCCAGCUAAUAAUCUUCGCACAUCUGCAAGGGCAUCCAAUUUGGUUGAGGUGUUUGUGGAUGGAAAACCAGUUAAUGUGGAGCCUGGAACUACAGUGCUUCAGGCCUGCGAGAAGGUUGGAAUUCAGAUUCCCCGCUUCUGUUUCCACGAGAGGCUGUCUGUAGCGGGGAACUGUCGCAUGUGUUUGGUGGAGAUCGAGAGGGCUCCAAAGCCUGUGGCUGCAUGUGCUAUGCCCGUUAUGAAGGGCUGGAACAUUCUCACCAACUCUGAGAAGACGCGCAAGGCCAGGGAGGGUGUGAUGGAAUUCCUGUUGGCCAACCAUCCUCUGGACUGUCCAAUCUGUGACCAGGGAGGAGAGUGUGACCUCCAGGACCAGUCCAUGCAGUUUGGCGCGGACAGGAGUCGCUUCAUGGAGGGCAAGAGAGCAGUGGAGGACAAGAACAUCGGGCCCCUCAUCAAGACCAUCAUGACCCGCUGCAUCCAGUGCACGCGCUGCGUCCGUUUUGCCAGUGAGAUUGCGGGUGUGGAGGACCUGGGUACAACGGGCAGAGGCAACUCCAUGCAGAUCGGCACCUACGUGGAGAAGAUGUUCAUGUCCGAGCUGUCAGGGAACGUGAUUGACGUGUGCCCCGUGGGAGCACUCACAUCCAAGCCAUACGCCUUCACCGCCCGUCCCUGGGAGACCAGGAAGACAGAGUCCAUUGACGUGAUGGAUGCGGUGGGAUCCAACAUCGUGGUGAGCACCAGAGGAGGGGAGGUCAUGAGGGUUAUGCCCCGUCUCAAUGAGGAGGUGAACGAGGAGUGGAUCUCAGACAAGACAAGGUUUUCGUAUGACGGUCUGAAGAGGCAGCGUUUGACUCAGCCCAUGGUGAAGAACUGCUCCGGACAGCUGGUCACCACCUCCUGGGAGGAUGCUCUUGUCCGCGUAGCAGGAGUGCUCCAGAGUGUGCAGGGUAGCGAGGUGGCGGCCAUCGCCGGUGGCAUGGUGGACGCAGAGGCUCUGGUGGCCCUCAAGGACCUCAUGAACCACCUGGACAGCGAGAACCUCUGCACCGAGGAGGUCUUCCCCAUGGCAGGCGCCGGUACUGACCUGCGCUCCAACUACCUGCUGAACUCGCGCAUCGCCGGCAUCGAGGAGUGUGACCUGCUGCUGCUCAUCGGGACCAACCCGCGCUACGAGGCCCCUCUCUUCAACGCUCGCAUCCGCAAGAGCUGGCUGCAUAAUGAGCUGCAGGUGGCGCUGGUGGGACACGAGGUGGACCUGAGCUACAACUACGACCACCUGGGAGACUCCACGCAGGUGCUCAAGGACAUCGCCGCCGGCACACACCCCUUCUGCCUGACGUUGGCGUCUGCCAAGCGCCCGGUGGUGGUGGUGGGCAGCACCACUCUGCAGAGGGCAGACGGGGCCGCCAUCCUCAACGCCGUCUCCACCAUCGCCCAGAACGCACGCGCCAGCAGCGGAGUGGAGGAGGGAUGGAAGGUCCUCAACGUGCUGCACAGGGUGGCCAGUCAGGUGGCAGCGCUGGACCUGGGCUACAAGCCAGGAGUGGAGGCCAUCAGGAACGCCCCGCCCAAGGUGCUGUUCCUGCUGGGGGCUGACGCAGGGUGCAUCACUCGCCAGGACCUGCCCAAAGACAGCUUCAUCAUCUACCAAGGUCACCAUGGCGAUGCGGGAGCUCCCAUGGCCGACGUGAUCCUGCCCGGGGCGGCGUACACGGAAAAGAAUGCCACCUACGUCAACACGGAGGGCCGCGCCCAGCAGACCAGGGUGGCUGUCACCGCCCCCGGCAUGGCCCGUGAGGACUGGAAGAUCAUACGCGCCGUGGCAGAGCUGGCUGGUGUUACGCUUCCUUAUGACUCGGUGGCCGAGGUGAGGGACAGGCUGGCGGAGGUGGCUCCUAACCUGGUCCGCUAUGACGACGUGGAGGUGGCCAACUACUUCAAGCAGGCCAACGAACUCGCACAGACUGUAGAUCAGACAUUACUGGCAGAUCCCCUCAUCCCUCCUCAGGUUUCUGUGAAAGACUUCUAUAUGACAGACCCUAUUAGCCGAGCAUCCCAGACGAUGGCCAAGUGUGUGAAGGCGGUGACCGAGGGAGCGGACGCCAUUGAGGAGCCUGCCAUCUGCUAGAACAACAUCAUCCUUGUCUGUCCGAAACAAAAUGCAUAGCUGUGUGAGACCUCUGUCCUUAAGUCAAACCUGCAGUACACACACACACACACGCACCCACACACACACUCAUGCGUACACUCACACCCUUUCAUAGUCUUCAAUCACAACCACACUCAUCACCCAAACCUUACAAUAUCUUUCCACAGUGUUUCAUGCCAAUUCUGCACCUUCAUCAGCCUUUCAGAAGACAGAAAAAAAGGAUUUUAUCGAAAUAGUUCAUUGACAGCUGUGUGUACUUUUAUUCUUGCUUUAUAUAUUUAAGUAAUGGUAUGCUCGAGCAAAUAAAUAAAUGAAUGAAUAAAUGUUGUAAAGAUUUCCAUUCCCAAGAGAAGGUCGCGGGGGGAGAGCAGCUUUGUUAAAGAAAGCUUAUACUACUACUACGGUGAAAAACAAAAAUGAAUAAAAAAAAAACCUGUGUUAUUACA